AUAACCCGUUGACAUUCGACUCAGUAAACAAACUUGUCGACAGUACUGAACAUCACAUCGGUCUUAUCAAUUUGCCCGUCUUUCCAGUAACACGUCGGACCAUGACCUAUCUUACCUGCGACUACUACAGCGAGACAUCAAGCAUUGCUGAUGGAGGAAUUGAUACCCCGUUCACUUCGGACUUUGAGGAAGUGGAUGUGAAUGACAUAUUAUCUUUGAACGAUUCGGAAACUGAAGAUUCAACAGAGGCUUCUGCUUUAUAUAGUCGGCCAAGGACGCCCUUAAAUCAUUGUCUGUCAGCGACACAGCGAGAGUGGGAAGGCCUGUGUACCAAAUACCAUCAAGGGAUCCAACAUCUUCGAGAUAUUGAGGAUCAGAUGUUCCGCUACCAGGCACUUCAUCCAUGUCUCUGCAUCAACUACCAGAACCCUAUGCUAUGCAUACAGCGAACAAAGGAUCAAAACGCCAACAAGAUUCAGCAAACUGUUGAUUUUCUUGGUGGUGGUCUUGAGAAAAAUAUCUCCUCCAAUCUCCCUCCCGAGAGUCAUCACCUCAAAGUUAAACUAAACGAUGCUGUAGAGGUAUCCGUUGUUACGCUUGAUACCCUGACUGGAAAGAAGACAAUGAUAAGCUUGACUACCAGGUCAACAAUGAAACAUGUUGAGCAGUUGCUUGGGUUUUGGGAAUACGACUUACCGAUGGAUUUGUAGGAUAGGCUUGCAAGCUAGAUUAGCUACUCUUAUUGUAAUAAAUAAGGCUGGGACAUAUAUCUGGAUAACCGCUUAGAAUUCCUGUUUAUCCAGGCUAACUUGAC